AUGGCGGGCUUUAAAGAGAACCAGAAAGAAGAGACAGACUCAUUGGUAGAUAUACUUAGAGUUCAAUCUGGGAGUUUAGAGAAUAGUUAUAGCUUGCCAAAAGAGUAUUUAAUGUACGGUGCGCAGGAGAUCUCUUCCUUUGUGAUGACUCAAUGUAUGGUUCAGAAGCUUAAAACAACUCUUAUUGAUAUCUUGCUGCCGGGUGCUAGUGGUCUUUCUUUGGUUUAUUCUUCUGAACUCCAUGGGUUUGCUCUUUCGACUUUAAUGAGCAAAGCACAGGAAGGACCGUCGGGUGGGUGCUUUAUCUUGGCGAUAAUGGAGGACGAUUCUUCUAGUGAGGAGUAUCAACGUGUUUUUGGGGCUAUUUUUACCAAUCGGUUGGAAUACCAGCGGACGUCUUUUGGAACGAGUAAUACGACUCUCUUUCGUUUUAGUACACCCCGAAAACAGUGUACACAAGGGGCCUAUAACUCUAUUCUUAAUCUUUAUGGAGUGCAUGGUGGGGGUGAGAGUAGCUUUUACAUUAUGGCAAAGAAAGAGUACCUGGCCUUUGGGUGUAGUGAUGCUCGUUUUGGGCUAGUACUGGCUAAGGACUUAUUACGGGGCGAGUCGCAUCCGGUGGAUACUUUUCGCAAUGAGCGGCUGAGCCAUAACGAGGCAUUUAAUAUUCGGCAGAUUGAGUUGUGGUAUGUGCGAGUCUAG